AUGUCCGAUACGUUGACAUCGAUUGAUUCUACCGUCAAUACGGAACGCAGCUCGAGGGCUCAACAAGUGGGUCACAGCUCAAGUAGAAAUCCUACCUCCUGCUCGCCUGCCUUGAAUGAACCACUUGAUUCUUUGAGGGAGAGUUUGGUGCGACUGGGCGAGGUCCACUCUCAAGACGUCGACCAAGUUGAUACCUCGGGCAUAAGAAUAAGUUCAGACGCUCCAGAAACGAUCAAUGAUCUUAAUCGGCCGCCUACGCCAGCUGAAGAAAAAACCCAGAAUAUCUUCUGCAAAACGCUGGACCGAUUGAGCGGAUGGAUGCGCGCCCUUCCUGAUAAAGGUACUCCGGAUGCAUCUGCGCAAGACUACGACAUUUCUGGGCUGCUAGUAUGA